AUGGCUAUUACACAAACAGAACUAGAUGGUAUUUUACCAUUAAUUGCAAGAGGUAAAGUUAGAGAUAUUUAUGAAGUUAAUUCUGAAGUAUUAUUAUUUGUAGCCACAGAUAGAAUAUCAGCAUAUGAUGUAAUAAUGACAAAUCCAAUUCCAGAUAAAGGUAUUCUAUUAACAAAAUUAAGCGAAUUUUGGUUUAAUUUUUUACAAAAUGAUAUUAAGAAUCAUUUAUUGCCAAUUGAUAAUAAUAAGACAAUGUGGGAUUACUUACCAAAAGAAUUAAGUGAAAACGAAAAAUAUAAGACACAAUUAGAAGGUAGAUCAUUAUUAGUACGUAAAUUUAAACUAAUACCUUUAGAAGUUAUUGUUCGUGGUUAUAUUACGGGAUCUGCAUGGAAAGAAUAUCAAACCAAUGGUACAGUUCAUAGUAUUAAACAAGAUGAUAAUAACAUGAAGGAAUCUCAAGAAUUUAAAAUACCGAUUUUUACACCAUCAACAAAAGCUGAACAAGGUGAACAUGAUGAAAAUAUUUCAAUUGAACAAGCUUCAAAACUUAUUGGUGAAAAAUUAUGCCAACGUGUUGGUAAACAAGCUAUUGAAUUAUAUACUAAAUGUAGAGAUUAUGCACGUACUCAUGGUAUAAUCAUUGCCGAUACAAAAUUUGAAUUUGGUAUCGACGAAACAACAGAUGAAAUUGUAUUAGUUGAUGAAGUAUUAACUCCAGAUAGUUCAAGAUUUUGGAAUGGUUCACUUUAUGCAAUUGGGAAACCGCAGGAUUCUUACGAUAAGCAAUUCCUAAGAGAUUGGUUAACAGCUAAUAAAUUAAAUGGUGUUGAUGGUGUCACUAUGCCAGAAGAUAUUGUUGUACGUACAAGAGCCAAAUAUAUUGAAGCUUAUGAAGCAUUAACUGGUGAUCACUGGUCUCAAUAG